AUGACAGAAGAAAAUAACCCCCAACCAGCUCAGGCGGUCACGGAUGUUUCUGGUCUUCUUCCUCCUGAGCAUUGGGCUGAGGUAGCUCAGGAGCUGGGCGAUACGGAUUCUGCCAUAGGAGAUGACAUUGCAGAGUCAACGGCAUCGAUUACAUCAAGCAUUCUGCAGUACAGGAAUAUCAACGGGAGAACUUAUCACCAUGAUAUUGGAAAUGCACAGUAUUGGGGAACCAAUGAUGAGAAGCAGAAUGAGUCGAUGGAUAUCAAUCAUCAUGUUCUGACGUUGGUUUUGGACGGUGCGCUUUACCUUGCGCCCAUUUCGAAGGAUAUCAAGAAUGCUCUCGAUAUAGGUACAGGAACAGGUAUCUGGGCUAUUGAUUUCGCAGAUAGUUUUCCGAACACCGAAGUCAUCGGCACAGACGUAUCGCCAAUUCAACCUGGAUGGAUCCCCCCAAACUUGAGAUUCGACAUCGAAGACUGCACCCAAGAGUGGACAUUCGCUCCCAACUCGCAAGACUACAUCCACUUUCGCUGGCUUGUCGGUAGUAUCGUCGACUGGGACCAGCUCUUCAAAGAAGCGUACAAGUGUCUCAAACCGGGCGGUUAUAUCGAAAGUCACGAGGCUCUUUCGAGAAUGGACUGUGAUGAUGGAAGUAUCACCGAGAAGAGCGCUAUGCACCAAUGGGGAAAGUUUUUUGUUGAAGGUGGUAAGAAGAUCGGUCGUUCGUUUACGAUCGUUGAAGAUGGAGUGCAGAGAUCUGCUAUGGAGAAAGCUGGCUUUGUUAAUCUUGAGGAACGUGAUUUCAAGGUUCCUAUCGGAGGCUGGCCAAAGGAUCCGAAGAUGAAAGAGAUUGGAAAGUAUGCUCAGGCUACUCUCGAGCAGGAUGUAGAAGGAUACGUCUUGUUCAUGGCCAACACGGUGGAGGGCUGGGCGAAGGAGGAGGUUGAGGUGUAUAUCUCGAUGUUGAGAAGAGAGUUGAGACAGGGCAAGAUGCAUCCUUACUAUCAGCAAAAGGUUGUCUGGGCUCAAAAGCCAAAAGAAUAA